UGGAUCCAAAUAGGACUAAAAUGGUCAUAUUGUCUGCAGUUUGGUUGAUGCUGUUCGGUCAAUGUCUGUGUAUGACUAUUGAAACAAAUGUGCGAUCUCAGACGGAUUACCUGAAUAUGUGCAUGGACAAUACCAAGGCAUCACCAAGCCCAGAACCUGGUUUAGAGGGUUCUAUGUGUCCCACGUUUGCCAAUCGAUCUUGUUGUAAACCAGGUCCCCUACUAGAACUUUUGCGGAACUACACACUCUCAUAUGCGCACUGCCCUCAGAAAAAAUCACUAGGAGCAACAUGUUAUGAGAAGUUUAUCGAAGAGGGCUGCUUUUUCACCUGUUCCCCCGAUCUUGGCCCUUGGAUCAAUAGGGAACAUCCGAAUUUUGGGGAAAAGAAUUCACUGCGUAGGUUACCUAUAUGUCAAAGUACUUGCGAACGAUGGUAUAACGCAUGUCAGAAGGAAUACACGUGCUCAAAUGACUGGUUCCUUGGAUUGAACAUAUCAACUCAAGAUGGACAGAUGAAAUGUCUUGAUGAAUCAAAGUGUGACAAGUAUGACAAGCACUUUGACUCUGCCAACAGCUUUUGUGAGCAAAUAUGGGACGACGCUUACAAAGUAGUUUCUGAUGAUGAACCGUGCAUGCAAUUCACAUAUGACACUUCUGGUGCCGAGCGAAAUAAGGCAGUGGCUGAAGCUAGAGCUAAGGAACUCGCUUCAACAGAUGGUUCAUCGGCUGGCUCACCGAAUAAUUCAGUUUCGCUCAUGCUUACUAGUUUAGUCGCAUACUCAGUUGUUUUUGUACUUACAGUGUAGACAUAACAAGUUACAACACUAAAAUGAGAACAUAUCUUUAGUGCAAACCUUUGUGUCGAAUGUGUUAUCAGAAUUGAGGUCAUCUUUCAUUUGACCUGCUUUCUUAAACAAAACUCAAACAAAAUGCCCAAAUGUAAAUGGUUGUAUUUUAAGGGAGUACUUUACUCUUCAAAAUAAAAAAAAUGAUAUGGAAUUUUACUGUUUUAUACCUUUUG